AUGGGUGCCUACUAUGAUGAGAUAGAGAUAGAAGACAUGGCAUGGGAUGAAGAAAAGCGGGUCUAUCACUAUCCUUGUCCCUGUGGAGACCGCUUCGAAAUCUCCCGGAAGCAGCUUGCAAACUACGAGGACAUUGCCAUAUGCCCAAGUUGCAGCCUCAUCAUCAGAGUGGUGUACGAUCCACUCGACUUUGAGGAUGAGCCCUCGGAUGACGAUGAGGAUGCGCUUGCGAGCGAGCAAUCGGACGACAGCGAAGAACAGAGCGACAACAACUCUGAAGACGCGAUGGAGCGUCUGACCAUCUCUGAUGAACAGCCGCGCCCUGUUCUUGUCGGGGCUUAG